AUGGGAGCCGCACUCAGUCUUUCCGGUCAGUUGAGGAGUCUUUCCGACAAGCUGGAGAACGAGUUGGACGACCUCUCACUCCCGCUUCGCGAAACCGUAGAGGAGCAUAUUGACACCCUCCGACACAUCGGCGGCCUCGUCUCGCAGCAGGAGGAGGAGCUCGACUCGCACGAGGAGGAGAACGACAACUUGCGCCGCUGGCUCGCAGCCGCCAACGCGCACAUCGGGAUGCUCGAGGACAAGUCGGCAGCAGAGCGCCACAGGUCGGCGCAGGAGAUUGGACACUUGCGACGAAGGCUCGCGGCUGCCGAGGCCCGUAUCGAGGCGGACAAGGAGCAGGCGGACGCGAAGGAUCGCGAGCUUGCUUCGCUUCGGGAGGAAGUCGCGCGGUUGCAGCGACAGGCGCCAGCGCAGCCCGCUCUCGACGCUCGGCUUGCGAACACCCAUUUCGAGACCGGACGAACCGCGACGGAGCAGAACCACGGUCCGAGCCACGUCAACCGCCAGCUGGUCGACGUCCCAGAAUCGGUGCUCGGAACGCCGGCACACUCUUCGGGCUGGAGUUACUCGAUGGACCUGCCUUCUUGCAGCAACGUCCGUCUCUCCGCAUACCCGCCGUCCAUCCCGCCUCAACCGGCCACAACUACCGACGGCUUCCCGCCUAUCCGCUGGGCACGCAUGACUUUCCCUCAGCCACCCCCUCCGUCCUUGCCCUUCUCCCAGUUGUCGUCGCACGGUCUCUACGGUUCGCGGACCUCGAGGUGGUGA